AUGGCGCGCACAAAGCAGGUAGCCGUGAAACGCGAGGAGUCGUCUGAGUUCUUCAACAAGCAAUCUGCGGAGUGGGAGAAUGCCAAUGGAAAGGAGUCCAAGGCGACGAAUGGGCACGCGGCGCCAUCAAAGUCGGCGCAGGGCGAGGCCGGCUUGGUGCAGCUUGUGACUGCGGUUGCGGGCAUCUACGCUUCCUUCUUGACGUGGGCGUACCUCCAGGAGAAGUUGACGACCAAGGCGUACGGCCCAGCCGACGCACCAGAGGUCUGGCAUUUCCCCGUUUUCCUCAACACGAUCCAGUCGCUCUUUGCGGCCGCCGUCGGCUUCGUCUAUCUCUUGGCCUCGACUCCGAAAGGCGCAGCCGUGCCGCCCAUCUUCCCGUCGCGUCGCAUCCUCGGCCCGCUCGCGCUCGUCGCAAUCACCAACAGCCUGGCCAGCCCCUUUGGCUACGCCAGUCUUGCGCACAUCGACUACAUCACCUUUUUGCUGGCAAAGAGCUGCAAGCUUCUCCCCGUCAUGUUCCUCCACAUUACAAUCUUCCGGAAGCGCUACCCCAUCUACAAGUACCUGGUCGUGGCCGCCGUUACAGCUGGCGUCGCUGUUUUCACCCUUCACUCAGGCCGCAAGCAUAAGAAGUCCACCCGGUCUGAAGAGGCAAACGUCUCUUGGGGCUUGCUGCUGCUCGGCAUCAACCUCCUCUUCGAUGGCCUCACCAACAGCACGCAGGAUUACAUCUUCCAGACGUUUCGCCCGUUCACCGGGCCGCAGAUGAUGUGCGCCAACAACAUUAUGAGCACCGUUGUCACGUCCUUGUACCUCCUCGGCAGCCCUGCGCUCGUCUCGACCGGUGUUGGGGAGUGGCUCGGAAUGGACGUCGCUGGUAGUGCUGGCGAGUUAAAUGCGGCCAUUGAAUUCAUGACCAAGUAUCCCGCUGUGUGGAAGGAUGUUUUGGGCUUUGCAGCUUGUGGUGCCCUCGGCCAAGUCUUCAUCUUCUACACUCUCUCCACAUUCUCGUCCGUCUUGUUGGUCACCGUCACUGUAACCCGCAAGAUGUUUACCAUGAUCCUCUCCGUCGUUGCCUUUGGCCAUCGUCUAACCCAGAUGCAGUGGCUCGGAGUCACCCUCGUCUUUGGCGGCAUUGGCGUCGAGGCUGCUAUUGCUAGGAAGGAAAAGAUGGCCAAGGAAGCCGCCAAGGCGAAGAAAUCCUCAUAA